AUGGCGGCUGUUGCUUUGUUCUGCUUGGCGGCAGAUGAGGAGGAGUUGACGGUUCCCGACGAAGUUAGGGACAUGGCAUUGUCGAUUUCCAGGAGGGUGUUGCGGUCGCUCGGGCCGUUGGGCCAGUGGAGGCAUGUCGGCUCGGUUUCGGCCGCGAAUGGUUCUUUGCUCCGCGGAUUUUACUCGAUCAAAUGCUUUCGAUGGUGUAUUGCGAGUGAAAUCAUAAUUUUGGACGGUGCUUUUUUCUUUGGUCGUCGAAGGCUAUCAACCUCAAUACUGACUCCUAAUGGUGAAGCUGACUUCCCUUCUGACUUAUUGUCCAAGAAGGAAGUAAUCGUGCCUGAUCGCGAGAUAGGACUUUACCAGGACCUUGUAAUUCCAGUGACGAACUUUCUUGGUGAAGAUAAGGGCUUGAUGGUCUUAGCUGGAGAUGUUUUUGAUGUACCUGUAAGAAAAGAUAUUAUUCAUCGUGUUGUGAGAUGGCAGCUUGCAAAACGACAACAGGGUACGCAUUCAACUAAAACAAUUAGUGAGGUCAGUGGAACAGGCAAAAAACCAUGGCGACAGAAGGGCACUGGUCGAGCAAGGCAUGGUUCUCAGCGUGGGCCCCAGUUUAGAGGUGGUGCUACAAUGCAUGGCCCAAAGCCACGAAGCCAUGCUAUUAAGAUCAAUAAAAAGGUUAGGCGCCUGGGGCUGAAGAUAGCUCUCUCUGCACGGGCGGGGGAAGGAAAGCUUCUGGUAUUUGACGAUGUGGAGAUCCCAACACACAAGACAAAGAACAUCUUAAACUAUGUCAAGCAAAUGGAGAACACUAAGAAAAUUCUGGUUGUGGAUGGUGGUCCCAUCAAUGAGAAGCUGAAAUUGGCUACACAGAAUCAACACUACGUCAACGUGUUACCCUCUAUAGUAAGUUUACCUUCUGGUUUUAGAUUUUGCAUUGUUGAAAUUGAUUUAGGUAGGCUUGAUAUUGCAUACUAGAAUGUUUUCUUACACUGUGUUUGGGUCUGAGAAUGCAUGAAUUUUAACGAGAAUGGAGGUGGAGGAAUGAAUAUGAGGGACUAUAUUCUCUCCUAUUGUUGAGAGUAACGGAAAUUGAAGGCAGUGAAAAUGGAUGGCUUUUCCAUUGGAAGGAGAUGGAAGCCAAGUUGUGGCAGUGCUACUUAGUGGGCAUUGCUCACUCCAUUUCUGGAGGGAGCAGGUCAAUGUUCCCAUUCAGAUCAGUUCCCAUAUUCUAUCCAACUCAUUUUUUCUUUGGGAUGCUCCGUGGGGAAAGAACAUUGUCAUUCAGGUUGUCUUGCCCAAAAUUUAUAUAAACGUGUCUGUUGGUACUUUA